GUCGGUCACGUGGCUGGAAGAGCGGCGGCGCGCGCGGCCUGGAGGGUCGGUGCUCGAAAACCUGUUUAUCCCUAUGGUAAAGAAGGCACGUGGCUGAUGAGCAGGGUAGUGAGGCCGCCGAGUAAGGCAGAGGAGCAGGCCUGGGAAACAGAGGACGAUGACAUGGCAGAAGGCGAUUUAGGAUAUGGCCUCGGAAGAAGGCCCGGCGGCAUUUAUGAAGUGCAAGUUUCACAUUUAUUUACAUCUAGAAAGUCAGCUGGAAAGAGCUUUAGUCCUCUCCCAUUUUCAAGAAAUGAGGAAGAAAGAAAUGGUGCCAUUUUUCAGUAUUCCAAGCAUAAGAACUUGCAAGAAACAUAUCCUGCAGGGUCCCGAAUCCUGCAUCACAGCCAACAAAGUAGCACUGAUUCGAAUUCAGAGUUGUCAAAUGUGGAAUUAAGGCAACAUCUUCAUGACGCUUUAGAGGAGGUAGAAAUUUUGAAAACUGAACUUGAGGUAUCUCAAAGACAACUUGAAGGUAAAGAAGCAGCAUUGAAAAUUCUUCAGAGCAUGGCAAUAUUUGACAAAGCCACAAGUCAUACCCAGGCAGUGCUUCAAAAAACUGUGGAACAAAAGAAAUCUUUGGAGAAGGAAAUAAAUGCCUUGCAGUGGGAAAUAGAAUUUGAUCAGAAUAGAUUUAAAAAUAUAGAGGAAUCUUGGAUCCAAAAAUAUGACAGGCUAAACUGUGAAAAUGCAGUCCUCAAGGAAACUUUAAAAUUGAAAACAGAAGAAAUUAAAAUGCUCAAGUCUGAAAAUGCAAUUUUGAAUCAGCAGUAUUUGGAGGCCCUCUCUGCACAGAAGGUGACUCAGGAAAACACAUGCCAGGGUUCAAGUGGCUCUCCAGAGGUUUCCAGUCUUGAGCUUGCAGUCCUGGGAGUCUGCCUUUGCCAUGGUCCUGGAGGGAGCCCCUGUGCCUGUGCCAAAAUGGCAGCGUCCACUGGGACGAUGGUCCUUCAGCUCAAACAGGAGCUGGAACUUAUGCAGAAGAGUAAAGAAGAAGCCUACAUAAUGGCUGAUGCAUUCAGAAUUGCCUUUGAGCAACAAUUAAUGAGGAAAAAUGAUCAGGCACUAAGAUUGACACAAAUGGAUAAAAUGCGUAAGAGAGCAACAAAAUGGAUAAAUUGGAAGCACCUUAAAGAGGAUGGGUUACCAUCACAAAGGAGUAAGAAGAGCUUAGGGCAGAAAUUGCUGGCUAUGCUCCCUUCAGAAAACAGUUCUAAGAGUACUGAUGAGGAUGAUGCUCGGGAAGUCUUUAAAAUGCUGACAGAUUUGUUAAAUGAUAAAGAAGAAGCUCUGGCUCAUCAAAGAAAAGUUAGUUACAUGCUUGCUCGGGCUUUGGAAGACAAAGACACCACCUCAAAAGAGAAUAAAGAAAAAAAUCCAGCGAAAGACAUUUUGCCAUUAAAAAAACCCUGGCAGAAAACUUCAGAAUUUCCCCUUUUGCAUGAUCCUGUACAUUCAGAUGUUCAAAUUUUUAAUUCUGCAAGCUUCAUUUGUUCAGUUAAGCACUGUAUUAAAGAUCAAAACUAUACAAGGACUCUUAAAAGAUCCUGUUCUUUGCCAUCAAAUAUCAUGUACUGAAGACAAACCAGUUGAAAUUAGAACUGAGAACUAUGUACAUCAAGACUUUGAAAAGGGACGUGUAAAUGUUGGUACUUUGGAAGUUGUAGGUUUUCCAGGUAUUUCUAAAAUUUAGGAGGCAGCUUAAAUAAAUGUUUUCUACAAGAAA